AUGCAGCAGAAGCAACCGACCACCGUGCCCCAGCAAGUGUGGCAUCCAGCUCAAAUGCAGCAGAAGCAACCGACUGCCGUGCCCCAGCAAGUGUGGCAUCCUCCUCAAAUGGCCCUGAGGCAGAAGCAAAUGACCGCUGUGCCCCAGCAAGUGUGGCAUCCUCCUCAAAUGGCCCUGAGGCAGAAGCAAAUGACCGCUGUGCCCCAGCAAGCAUGGCAUCCUGCUCAGUUUCCCCAGCAGAAGCAACUGGUCCCUAUGCCUCUACUGCAGAAGGAACCAACCACCAUAGCCCAGCAACCUCAGCAGGUGUGGCAUCCAGCUCAAAUGUCCAAGAAUCGAACAGCCACUGAACCUCAGCAGAAGCAACCAUCCACCACGCCCCAGCAAGCGUGGCAUCCAGCUCAAAUUCCCCUGCAGCAGAAGCAACCGGCCACUGAACCUCCACAGAAGGAGCUGACCGCCAUGCCACAGAAGCUACAGGCCUCCAUUCUCCAGCAACCUCCGCUCGUGUGGCAUCCAUCUCAAUUUCCCCAGCAGAAGGAACUGGCAGUCGAGCCCCAGCAGCAGAAGGAACUGGCAGUCGAGCCCCAGCAGCAGAAGGAACUGGCAGUCGAGCCCCAGCAGCAGAAGGAACUGGCAGUCGAGCCUCAGCAAGUGAGGUAUCCAGCUCAAAUGGCCCAGCAGCUACCCAACCCCAUUCCUCAGCAAUUAUGGCAUGUAGGCCAAAUUUCCCAGCAGCAACUGGCCCCAUUGUCUCAGCAGAAGCACUACGAAAGAACUGAAGAUGAUGCCUCUGGUAGUUCUCAGGCCAGCAUUGAACAGUCAGGUGUCAUCCCAAUCUCUUCCUACAGUUCCAAAUCGCACUACAAGAAUGGCAGAACUGUCUUUUCCCGAAUCAGCUACACUCCUAGGGAGGCAAUGCCUGUUGACAGUGGAAAUGCUCCCAAGGACGGUUAUGUUGGCAUUGGUGCACCAAGCAUAUAUCCAACACUAGUGAAGGAUUCUGCAAGGAAAAUGUAAUGGAUUCAUCCUCUAGAAGCUCUAAUGGACGUUGCUGGUGCUCUUGCUACUCUAGUGUGAUGGAAUGAAUAAACAACUUACUUUAAAAAAUG